AUGACUGAUGCGAAAAGCAUAUCAUCCGUGGAGGUGUCAGAGGGGAAGUUAAUUAAGAAGGGUUCCAUAAAGAAGAAGAUCGAAUCAUUAAGGCGAUGGAGUUCAGCUAGCAUGAAGAGGCCUCCAAAGCCUAAGGCCAAGACCUUGAGUCUAUCUUCCCCCGUGGGAGACCCCAAUGACAGCUGGCUGCAAGAGGGAGACAGGAGAAAGCUGCGACCCAUCGUCGAUUCAGUCUUCGGACAGGGGGAGUUGCCAAUAGAACGAAGCGGUGCCCCAUUGGCUGCCGCUAUGCUGGGGGGCCUGGGUGGUGCAGGUGAGGUGGACACGGAGGACGAGGAUGAGGACUUUGAAGAGCCCCUGUGCGCUUUGGUUAAGAACUGCAACAUGCUGCACAACUUAGUUGGUCCUGCUUGUAUCUUCCUCAGACAGGGAUUCGCACAAAGCCAGAUUGACAGAGAUCUACGACCAGAGGAAAUGGAAGAGCUGCGUGAGGCCUUCAGAGAGUUUGACAAAGACAAGGAUGGCUUCAUCAGCUGUAAGGACCUGGGCGAGUGCAUGAGGACUAUGGGAUACAUGCCCACAGAGAUGGAAUUGAUAGAACUCAGCCAGCAGAUCUGUGGCGGCAGAGUGGAUUUUGAGGACUUUGUUGAACUCAUGGGUCCCAAGAUGCUCGCUGAGACAGCAGACAUGAUAGGAGUCAAGGAGCUGAGGGAUGCCUUCAAAGAGUUUGACUCUGAUGGCGAUGGUCAGAUCAGUCUUGCAGAGCUGAGGGAAGCCAUGAAGAAGCUAAUGGGGGAGCAGCUUAACCACCGCGAGAUAGACGAGAUCCUGCGAGACGUUGACCUCAAUGGGGACGGACAGGUAGACUUUGAAGAGUUUGUGCGAAUGAUGUCUCGUUGA